AUGAUGCCCUUAACAGUGAUAUUUUCUGUGAUACGAAUGGCAGCAAGUCAAUGCUCUAAAACCGGGAUGACACCUAGUGAAAUUGUCGACACAAUCAUGGCCAACUACAGCAGAUCAGAAAUCCCACAACCACAACCGAUUCCGGUACAGGUGGAGGUAACUGUACAGGACAUUAUGGAGCUCUCUGUGCUCAGCAACAGUUUCUCAGCUGAUAUAUGGUUCAGGUAA